GAUUUCCCUCUUGGUUGGAAAGGAUAUCGUGUGGAAUUAUGUGCAUUUUGUGAUGCAAUAAGGGUAAUUAUUUCUCCUGAUAUUUUCCUUGCUUUUAAUUAUUCCAUCAACUUAUGAUCAGUUCAGUUUUCUGAAAGUAGAAUGGCAUCAAGCCAGAUUUGAGGUAGUACAUGGCUGUAGUGAAAAACAGCCAUCGGCAAUUUUAUUUUGUAGAAUUGAAUAUUUAUAUGCAUUGGUAAAGUGCAUUAAAUUACCUAAGAAAUGAAUUUUAAUUGCGUACUUAUUUUCAUUGAGAAGGGAGUGAUUUUUUUUUUCCUGAAAGCCACUUGGCUAGCUAUGUUCUACCACGUUAACCCACAUCUACCUCAGGUUAGCUAUGUUCUACCACGUUAAUCCACAUCUACCUUAGGUUAGCUAUGUUCUACCACGUUAAUCCACAUCUACCUUAGGUUAGCUAUGUUCUACCACGUUAAUCCACAUCUACCUUAGGUUAGCUAUGUUCUACCACGUUAACCCACAUCUACCUUAGGUUAGCAAUGUUCUACCACGUUAACCCACAUCUACCUUAGGUUAGCUAUGUUCUACCACGUUAACCCACAUCUACCUCAGGUUAGCUAUGUUCUACCACGUUAACCCACAUCUACCUCAGGUUAGCUAUGUUCUACCACGUUAACCCACAUCUACCUCAGGUUAGCUAUGUUCUACCACGUUAACCCACAUCUACCUUAGGUUAGCUAUGUUCUACCACGUUAACCCACAUCUACCUUAGGUUAGCUAUGUUCUAUUACGUUAACCCACGUCUACCUUAAGUUAACCAUGUUCUACCACGUUAACCCACAUCUACCCUUAGGUUAGCCAUGUUCUACCACGUUAACCCACAUUUACCUUAGGUUAGCCAUGUUCUACCACGUUAACCCACAUCUACCUUUGGUUAGCUAUGUUCUACCACGUUAACCCACAUCUACCCUUGGUUAGCCAUGUUCUACCACGUUAACCCACAUUUACCUUAGGUUAGCCAUGUUCUACCACGUUAACCCACAUUUACCUUAGGUUAGCUAUGUUCUACCACGUUAACCCACAUCUACCUUUGGUUAGCUAUGUUCUACCACGUUAACCCACAUCUACCUUAGGUUAGCUAUGUUCUACCACGUUAACCCACAUCUACCCUUAGUUAGCUAUGUUCUAUCACGUUAACCCACAUCUACCCUUAGGUUAGCCAUGUUCUACCACGUUAACCCACAUCUACCCUUAGUUAGCUAUGUUCUACCACGUUAACCCACAUCUACCCUUGGUUAGCUAUGUUCUACCACGUUAACCCACAUCUACCUUAGGUUAGCUAUGUUCUACCACGUUAACCCACAUCUACCCUUGGUUAGCUAUGUUCUACCACGUUAACCCACAUCUACCCUUAGUUAGCCAUGUUCUACCACGUUAACCCACAUCUACCUUAGGUUAGCUAUGUUCUACCACGUUAACCCACAUCUACCUUAGGUUAGCUAUGUUCUACCACGUUAACCCACAUCUACCUUAGGUUAGCUAUGUUCUACCACGUUAACCCACAUCUACCUUAGGUUAGCCAUGUUCUACCACGUUAACCCACAUCUACCUUAGGUUAGCUAUGUUCUACCACGUUAACCCACAUCUACCUUAGGUUAGCUAUGUUCUACCACGUUAACCCACAUCUACCUUAGGUUAGCUAUGUUCUACCACGUUAACCCACAUCUACCUUAGGUUAGCUAUGUUCUAACCCACAUCUACCCUUAACCCAACCCACAUCUACCUUAGGUUAGCCAUGUUCUACCACGUCAACCCACAUCUACCUUAGGUUAGCCAUGUUCUACCACGUUAACCCACAUCUACCUUAGGUUAGCCAUGUUCUACCACGUUAACCCACAUCUACCUUAGGUUAGCUAUGUUCUACCACGUUAACCCACAUCUACCUUAGGUUAGCUAUGUUCUACCACGUUAACCCACAUCUACCUUAGGUUAGCUAUGUUCUACCACGUUAACCCACAUCUACCUUAGGUUAGCUAUGUUCUACCACGUUAACCCACAUCUACCUUAGGUUAGCUAUGUUCUACCACGUUAACCCACAUCUACCUUAGGUUAGCUAUGUUCCACGUUAACCACGGUUAACCAUGUUCUACCACGUUAACUACCUCUACCUUAGGUUAGCUAUGUUCUACCACGUUAACCCACGUCUACCUUAGGUUAGCUAUGUUCUACCACGUUAACCCACAUCUACAUUAGCUAUGUUCUACCACGUUAACCCACAUCUACCUCAGGUUAGCCAUGUUCUACCACGUUAACCCACAUUUACCUUAGGUUAGCCAUGUUCUACCACGUUAACCCACGUCUACCUUAGGUUAGCUAUGUUCUACCACGUUAACCCACAUCUACCCUUAGGUUAGCCAUGUUCUACCACGUUAACCCACAUUUACCUUAGGUUAGCCCCUACCACGUUAACCCAUCUUACCUUAGGUUAGCUACCUAUGUUUAACCCACAUCUACCUUAGGUUAGCUAUGUUCUACCACGUUAACCCACAUCUACCUUAGGUUAGCUAUGUUUAACCCACCACGUUAACCCCACGUCUACCUUUAGGUUAGCUAUGUUCUACCACGUUAACCCACAUCUACCUUAGGUUAGCUAUGUUCUACCACGUUAACCCACUCUACCUUAGGUUAGCCAUGUUCUACCACGUUAACCCACAUCUACCUUAGGUUAGCUAUGUUCUACCACGUUAACCCACAUCUACCUUAGGUUAGCUAUGUUCUACCACGUUAACCCACAUCUACCUUUAGCCAUGUUCUACCACGUUAACCCACAUAUGUUCUACCACGUUAACCCACAUCUACCUUAGGUUAGCUAUGUUCUACCACGUUAACCCACAUCUACCUUAGGUUACCUAUGUUCUAUGUUCUACCACGUUUAACCCACAUCUACCUUAGGUUAGGUUACCUUAGGUUAUGUUCUACCACGUUAACCCACAUCUACCUUAGGUUAGCUAUGUUCUACUACGUUAACCCACAUCUACCCUUAGUUAGCUAUGUUCUACCACGUUAACCCACAUCUACCUUAGGUUAGCUAUGUUCUACUACGUUAACCCACAUCUACCUUAGGUUAGCUAUGUUCUACCACGUUAACCCAUCUACCUUAGGUUAGCUAUGUUCUACCACGUUAACCCACAUCUACCUGGUUAGCUAUGUUCUACCAUGUUAACCCACAUCUACCUCAGGUUAGCUAUGUUCACCAUGUUAACCCACAUCUACCUUAGGUUAGCUAUGUUCUACCACGUUAACCACAUCUACCUUAGGUUUAACCCACAUCUACCUUAGGUUAGCUAUGUUCUACCACGUUAACCCACAUCUACCUUAGGUUAGCUAUGUUCUACCACGUUAACCCUACCAUCUUAACCCACAUCUACCUUAGGUUAGCUAUGUUCUACCACGUUAACCCACAUCUACCUUAGGUUAGCUAUGUUCUACCACGUUAACCCACAUCUACCUUAUGUUCUACCACGUUACCCAUGUUCACCCACAUCUAGGUUAGCCAUGUUCUUAACCCACCUACCUUAGGCUUAACCUACAUCUACCUUAGGUUAGCCAUGUUCUAUUACGUUAACCCACAUCUACCUUAGGUUAGCUAUGUUCUUUCACGUUCACCCACAUCUACCCUUAGUUAGCGAUGUUCUACCACAUUAACCCACAUCUACCUUAGGUUAGUUAUGUUCUACCACGUUAACCCACAUCUACCUUAGGCUAACUAUGUUCUUCCCCGUUGACCCACAUCUACACUUAGUGAACCAUGUCCUACCACGUUAAGCCACAUCUACCUUAGGUUGUUCUACCACGUUAACCCACAUACACACCUAUUGAACCAUGUUCUACCUCGUUAACCCACAUCUACUUUAGGUUAGCUAUGUUCUACCCUGGUGACCCACAUCUACACUUAGUGAACCAUUUCCUACCUCGUUAACCCGUAUCUACCCUAAGGUAGCCAUGUUAUACCACGUUAACUCCGAUCUACCCUUAUUUAGCCAUGUUAUACCACGUUAACCCUCAUCUCCCUCAAGUUUGCCAUGGUCUACCACGUUCACUGACAUCUGCCCUAAGUCAGCCAUGUUCUACUACGUUAGCCCACGUUCUACUACGUUCGCCCUCAUGUACCCUCAGUUCCGGUAAAUAGCACAGACAAUUUGCAACACGAUUACAGUCCUCAUCCAUCGUUCACGACUGGUAGUUUAGCAGUUGAAGAGCAAACUGAUGAAACUCUUGGCGAGCCAGCGAGUCAUUCAGAUAUGAAUCCAGAGGUCACGAUAACUGAAACAAUUACUGACCUAUGCACGGAUUAUGUGGCUCGGUCUAUAAUAAAUGUGGCGAUCAGCAUCCAAGAAAUUAUAAGCAAUGUUGAUGCACAAAGUUGUAAUAGAGCAUUUGACUCUAGCAGUCUGUUGUACUUGUUGAAAUUUUCCAAUCUUCUUCAUUUAGAUGAUUCUACCGAAAGUAAUGAUCCCAAUAUAAGCACCCACACUGAGGAUCUUAAAAGGCACCUAGCCGGAUUUGGACUAGAGAUUGAAAGCGUAUCUUAAGACGGGGAUUGCGCAUUCCGAAGCAUAAUAAGGCAGCUACUUAAAAUGGAUUUUGACAAAACCAAAGGACUAGAAGAUCACCUCCGGUCGCUAAAUUUGAUGACCGGUUCUGAAGACGAGGAUACAUUUACCUUACGACAGCUUUUUGUUGAAGAAUUUAUUAGAGGGGAGGACGUAGCGGUAUCGACAACCACGUUUACAGAAAGAGUUAGUGAGUUUAGAAUGAAAGGUGUGUUUGAUCGUGAAAUUGGAGACUUGGUGAUGAAAGUCUGUUGUAACGUCCUUAAAGUUUCGAUUAUCAUCAUUACCUCAAGUCGCUCUACACCUGUCGUUCCAUUCGUACCUGAUAGUCCAUUGAGUACCACGCCCAUAUACAUCGCUUUCCACUAUUAUGGUGCUGGCCAUUAUGACGCUACCAACCAAAUCUGUACUUCAGCCGUAUGUAAGCCGACUGACGAAAUGUUAUAAUUGAAUCCUGGUGGUUGAGUCGUCUUUGCUAGGUUCCCUUGCAAUUUAUAUCAGUUUGUUGCGAUAGACGGUUUAUGAGAAUAGUCUAAUGUAAUAUACCAGACUAAAUUUGUC